AUGAGGCUUAAUGGGACAGUGGUGAAGAGAAAGCCACUGUUAAAAAUUUCACAUGACAUCUCAGUUGUAGUUUUGCCAGAAGGCAUGUGCUGUGUGGGAGUGGAUGAAGAUGAAGCACCAGAUAUUGACAUCUAUCACUGUCCUAACUGUGAAAAGACCCACGGCAAAUCCACCUUGAAAAAGAAAAAGAGCUGGAAUAAGCAUGACACGGGGCAAAGUGGAGACGUCAGACCGGUUCAAAACGGCAGUCAGGUGUUCAUAAAAGAGCUGCGCAGCAGGACAUUCCCCAGUGCAGAAGAUGUGGUGGUCAAGCUGUCUGGAAGUCAGAUGACGUUGGACUACCUUGAGGAGAAUGGAUUCAAUGAGCCAAUUCUCAUCCAGAAGAAAGAUGGGCUGGGGAUGGCUAUGCCUGCACCCACGUUCUACGUCAGUGAUGUGGAAAACUAUGUUGGACCUGAUGUUCUUGUAGAUGUUGUCGAUGUGACCAAACAGACACAAAGCCAGAUGAAGUUGAAAGAAUUUGUUGAUUUUUACUACAGCACAAACAGAAAGAAAGUAUUAAAUGUGAUCAACCUAGAGUUUUCAGACACAAGAAUGGCCGAUAUUGUUGAGAGUCCGCAAAUAGUUCGGAAGUUAUCCUGGGUGGAAAAUUACUGGCCUGACGAUGCAUUGUUGGGGAAGCCCAAAGUGUCCAAAUACUGUCUCAUAUGUGUGAAAGACAGCUACACAGACUUCCACAUUGAGUGUGGAGGUGCCUCUGUGUGGUAUCAUGUACUUAAGGGAGAGAAAAUCUUCUUUCUGAUCAAGCCCACUUCUGCCAACCUUUCUCUAUACGAGCGCUGGAGGUCCUCCUCCAACCACAGCGAGAUGUUUUUUGCUGACCAAGUGGACAAGUGUUACAAGUGCACACUGAAACAAGGGCAAACGCUUUUCAUUCCAUCAGGUUGGAUUAAUGCAAUACUGACUCCUGUAGACUGCUUAGCCUUCUCUGGGCAUUUUGUCCACAGUCUGAGUGUGGAGAUGCAAAUGAGGGCAUAUGAGGUGGAAAAAAGACUCAAAGUUGCCAGCCUCACUCCAUUUCCAAACUUCGAAACAGCAUGUUGGUAUGUGGGGAAAUACUACCUUGAGAGGUUUAAAGGUUUACAUAAGGCAAACAAACAGCCACCUCCUUACUUGGUACACGGUGCCAAAAUUGUCAACGGCGCAUUCAGAUCGUGGACUAAAAAACAGGCUCUUUUAGAACAUGAGGACGAGCUUCCAGAAAACAUGAAGCCACCACAGCUCAUUAAAGACCUUGCCAAAGAGAUUCGGAUUUCAGAGAACGCAACAAAAGCCAUAAAGAAUGAACCCAGCAACUCGAAGCCCCCGGCAGAGGAACCCCCGUCUGCUCCAUCAGAACCAGAAGAGCCCAUGUCCCCUGCCCACAUCUCCACCCCUCCAAGAGAUAAGCCAGCCAGGAAGAAAGCCACAAAGCCACCCAAAAUCCCCAAGGCACCCAAACCACCGAAGGAACCCAAAAUAAAAGAAGGUGGCAAAAAGAAAGCAAAGAAAGCGAAAGAAAGUAUUUUACCUGAGAAAAAGCCCUCCAGUCUGGCAGCUCUUGAAUCCCAUGCAAAGGACAUCCUGAACAAGAUGGACCAGCCCAAAAAACUGGUAAAGACUGGGAUGAGUAUCAUGGAGAGGGAGAUGAGUAAACCGAAUGACGUUGAUAAGUUUAAGAUGAUUCGAGAGCAUAAUAAGAACAAGACGGAGGCCAAAUGGAAAUAUAAGAAUAGCAAACCCGAUUCGUUAUUGAAAAUGGAAGAAGAGCACAAAUUUGACAAAAGUCUACUCAGCCAUAAAGACAAUAAAUUUUCAUUUUCAUUGUCGAAUAAGAAGUUGUUGGGAUCAAAGAUGCUCAAGACCCAGACCAAUUCGAGUGUUUUUGGCUCAAUACAGAACAUAAAGGAAGAAAAACCCAAGCCCGUGAGAGACGAGUAUGAGUAUGUCUCUGAUGAGGGGGAGCUUAAGAUUGACGAAUUCCCAAUCAGGAGGAAAAAGAACGCAGUCAAGAGAGACUUUUCCUUUUUAUCAAACAUCAAAGAGCCCAUUCAGCCAGCGAAAAAGCCAAAGCUACAACAGUCGGACAUGAAGAGUCCAGAUUCAUCAGAUGAGGAAUCUCUCCACAUAGACACAGAGGCCAAGACAGAGGUCAAAGGUCGUAACUCCAAGGUCUCUAAGAAUAAAGGAGGCAGUUCAGCUGGGAUUCUGGAUCUCCUGUGCAGUGGUAAUCUGCACAGGCUAAAUCUGUAUUUUCUGCUGGAUACCUCAAGCUCAAAAGCAGAUGUGGACACAAUAGUCUUCUCGGCUCACACGGCAGGCAGCAGCGUGGACAGUUUGGACAUGUUCGAUGAUGACCAGGACCACCUGGAAGCUUGCUUUAGGGAUUCUGAUUACGUUUAUCCAUCUCUGGAAUCUGAGGAGGACAGUCCCAUUUUCAAAUCGAGAUCGAAAAAAAGGAAAAAUACAGAUGACACUCCAUAUAGUCCAACAGCACGAGUUGGGCCCACUGUACCACGACAGGAGAGACCAGCUCGGGAGGGAGCACGUGUGGCGUCCAUAGAGACAGGAUUGGCAGCUGCGGCGGCUAAAUUGUCUCAUCAGGAGGAGCAGAAGAUCAAGAAGAAGAAAAAGAGUACCAAAAAGAAGCCCGUGGCUGUAGAGGAGCCUCACAAACUCGCUCAGGACAGCAGCUCUCCAGAACCCACCCCGGACUCUGAGACUAACCUGGGCGACCAUGAGUACAGCACUGGAACGAGCAAGACCGCCGGCAGCUCGCAACCCAUGGCCCCCGGAGUCUUCCUCAGCCAGAGACGGUCUUCAUCAUCAUCGUCAUCUCAGAACACCUCAUCUGUCCCGCCACCAAAAGUCGAACGUGGGAACUCGACAGACGCCAAAGCCAAGCGGCUAAAGAAAGGAAUGGCAACGGCCAAACAGAGACUUGGAAAAAUCUUAAAGAUUCAUCGUAACGGCAAGCUUCUGCUGUAACGUGGACAAUGGGUGACUUUCUCCUGACGUUUAUGGACCCGUGGACUGAUCCCUCCCUCCCUCGACAAGCCGAGAUGAGAGCAUAAGGACUGAAACGGACGGGAACGUGAACAGGAUCCCACAAGUUUUCAAUUUCUAAGAAGAACAUAGCUCAGAUAGGUUUUUGCCUCUUCUUUUACUUUAUAACUUUCAGAUAUUAAAAAUGUACAGAAUACCUGCUAUUAAUAUUUUGUAAGAAGAAUUUGUCUUGUUUUACUACACCUAUCAGUUUAUCAGGGGUUGCUAAUAUAUUAUAAGAUACAGUACAUAGCAGUCAUUCCAAGAUAAAGAAAGUAUCCCUUGCAUGUAUUCCAGUUGCAUGCAUUGUUUUGAUGAGGGGAAAGGGUUGGUGGAAGGUUGCAAACAAGAAUUUCAUUUUUGCUUAUUGGAUGUGGCUUAUCAUUGUCUUUUUAAUUUUUUAACAAGUAUUACUGAAGACAUGACGAUUUUCACAGUAACUGGUGGGUGAUUUUAAUAUCCCCCAUUUGGAAUUUACUUUCCUUAAUCCUUAAGCAAAAAAAGCAUUUUUACACGGGACAACUGAAAAAGUACUUUUCUGUUUGCUAAGCACUAUCGCAGAUAAUAUUUAUUGACCGAAUAUAAUUGUAAAUGUCCUAGGUAGUUUGAAGCCCUAAGGCACUUACAAAACUUCAGUGAAGCACAAAUAUGAACUCUUAUUUUUAGUAACAUUGUAUAUCUUCACAGCUAUUAUAAAACGACAGCUUUA